AUGGCUGUGGUUCCACAAGAAGCCAUAGGUCAAUUUGAAGCACUAAUGGAGGAAGUUGAUGAGCCACUCAAGAAAACUUUCCAGAAUGUCCAUCAAGGUUAUCCUCAUGAAACGUUGAUACGGUUCUUGAAGGCAAGGGAAGGAAAUGUCACCAAGGCCCACAAGAUGUUAGUUGAUUGUUUGAACUGGAGGGUGGAAAACGACAUCGAUAGUAUGUUAGCAAAACCUAUUGUUCCUGAAGAUCUUUACAGAGGAAUACGUGACUCACAGCUUAUAGGGCUGUCCGGUUACACAAAUGAGGGCUUCCCUGUAUUUGCUGUUGGAGUGGGUUUGAGCUCAUUUGACCGAGCAUCCGUUCACUAUUAUGUACAGUCCCACAUUCAGAUCAAUGAAUAUAGAGAUCGUGUGAUCCUGCCAGCUGCAACAAAAAAGUACGGGAAACCUGUUACCAGAUGCAUAAAGAUUCUUGAUAUGACAGGAUUGAAGCUCUCAGCACUAAGCCAGAUUAAGCUAAUGACUACCAUUUCUUCUAUUGAUGAUCUAAACUAUCCAGAGAAAUCAGUAACUUAUUACAUUGUAAAUGCCCCAUAUGUCUUUUCGGCUUGUUGGAAGGUUGUUAAGCCACUUCUGCAAGAGAGGACUAAAAGGAAAAUUAAUGUGUUGUCUGGUUGUGGGCAGGAUGAACUAUUGAAGAUAAUGGACUAUGCCUCACUUCCCCAUUUUUGCCGUAAGAGGUCAUCUGGGUCUUCCAAACAUUCAGACUGUCGAGCAGACAAUUGCUUUUCCUUGGACCAUCCUUUUCACCAACAACUUUAUAACUACAUUAAGCAGCAAUCCUCGGCUCGUGAACAUGUCCAGCCAUUAAAACAUGGGUCUGUGCACGUGAAGUUACCCGAAGACUCCGAUGAAGGUGAUAUUGCCAGGAUUUUGGAAUCCAAGCUACAGGAAUUCGCGAAUUUAGACAAAUGUCCAUAA